AAAGGCGCGAGGCGCCGCUGCGAUCCAUACCCGCAUCCGCGCCCGCGACGCGCAGUGGUCCUCCAAGAGAGCGCCCCAGCCCAGCACACACAGCCCAGCCCGGCCCCCAGAUUUGGCACUCUGCGCUGAAGUCAUCAUGGGUGUUUUGCAAAUCCUGAUGAAGAAGAAAGAGCUCAUCCCGCUGGCGCUGUUCGUGACCAUGGCGGCCUGCGGAGCCUCGUCCUUUGCCGUGUACUCCUUUCAGAAAACUGACGUGAUUAUUGAUCGGAAAAGAAACCCAGAGCCUUGGGAAACCGUGGAUCCCAACAUACCUCAGAAGCUUAUAACAAUCAACCAGGAGUGGAAGCCGAUCGAGGAGCUGCAGAAGGUCCGCAGGGCCACCCAAUGACUUCCGUCUGCGAUUACUCUAUGAAUCUAGCAGAAACACCUCUGUACAGACUAGAGUCUGGACACCAGUGUGCGGAAGUGCUUCUGCUACAUUUCUAGGGUGUGUCCACUUUCUUUGGACUCUGGGAGGAGGAGUUGAAGGUAGUGUGGCAGCGGCCACAAAGUCCCAAAGUAAGUUUCUGUGUUCAUUGCUGUCAGUUGAAUUUUGUUUACUGAAAGUUUUCUUGAGGGCUGGGGAGUAUAGCUCAGUGACAUAAGUGCCUGUGUGGCAAGCACAAGGUCCUGAGUUUGAUCCCCAGUACCGGAAAAAACAAACAAAAAAACCUGUUUAGGAUGCCCAAAUGUUUUCCUUGAAAUAGGUCAAGAUUUGCAAGUUAGGGCAACCCACACCCUUCUGUCCCACUCUCAGCUGGAAGCUUUUUUUUUUUUUCUCCAAUAAAGAUAAUUCUG